UUGUUCUUUCUUUCAUUGUUAUUACUUUUUCAUUCUUUAUCUUCCUUUUCUUUCAGUUAUUCUUUGUUCAUUAACUUUGUUUUCUUUCUUCAAUUAUACUUUCUUAUUAGUCUUUGUUAUUUUUCUCUCUUUCAGUUAUUCUUUAUUCUUUCAUGUUUAUCUUUCUUUAUUUUCUUUCUUCAAUCAUUCUUUCUUCUUUAUACUUUGCUAUUCUUUCUUUCAGUUAUUCUUCCAUGUUUAUCUUUCUUUAUUUUCUUUCUUCAAUUAUUCUUUCUUCUUUAUUCUUUGCUAUUUUUCCUUCUUUCAGUUAUUCUUCCAUGUUUAUCAUUCUUUAUUUUCUUUCUUCAAUUUUCUUUCUUCAUUAUACUUUUUAUUCUUUCUUUUCAGUUAUUCUUCCAUGUUUUAUCUUUCUUUUUUUCUUUCUUCAAUUUUCUUUUUUUUUUAUACUUUGCUAUUUUUAUUUCUUUCAGUUAUUCUUCCAUGUUUAUCAUUCUUUAUUUUCUUUUUCAAUUAUACUUUGCUAUUUUUCUUUUUUCAGUUAUUUUCAUGUUUAUCAUUCUUUAUUUUCUUUCUUCAAUUAUUCUUUCUCCUUUAUACUUUGCUAUUUUUCUUUCUUUCAGUUAUUCUUCCAUGUUUAUCUUUCUUUAUUUUCUUUCUUCAAUUAUUCUUUCUUUUUUAUACUUUGCUAUUUUUCUUUUUUUCAGUUAUUCUUCCAUGUUUAUCUUUCUUUAUUUUCUUUCUUCAAUUAUUCUUUCUUUUUUAUACUUUGCUAUUUUUCUUUCUUUCAGUUAUCCUUCCAUGUUUAUCAUUCUUUAUUUUCUUUCUUCAAUUAUUCUUUCUUUUUUAUACUUUGCUAUUUUUCUUUUUUUCAGUUAUUCUUCCAUGUUUAUCUUUCUUUAUUUUCUUUCUUCAAUUAUUCAUUCUUCUAUAUUCUUUGCUAUUUUUCCUUCUUUCAGUUAUUUUUCCAUGUUUAUCAUUCUUUAUUUUCUUUCUUCAAUUAUUCUUCCUUCUUUAUUCUUUGCUAUUUUUCCUUCUUUCAGUUAUUCUUCCAUGUUUAUCUUUUCUUUAUUUUCUUUUUAUUAUUCUUUCUUUUUUUAUACUUUGCUUUUUUCUUUCUUUCAGUUAUUUUUCCAUGUUUAUCAUUCUUUAUUUUCUUUCUUCAAUUAUUCUUUCUCCUUUAUACUUUCUAUUUUUCCUUCUUUCAGUUAUUCUUCCAUGUUUUCCUUCUUUAUUUUCUUUCUUCAAUUAUUCUUUUCUUUUUAUACUUUUGCUAUUCUUUCUUUCAGUUAUUCUUCCAUGUUUAUCUUUCUUUUAUUUUCUUUCUUCAAUUAUUCUUUCUUCAUUCUUUUUAUUUUCUUUCUUUCAGUUAUUCUUCCAAUUUAUCAUUCUUUAUUUUCUUUCUUCAAUUAUUCUUUCUCCUUUAUACAUUUGCUAUUUUCUUUCUUUCAGUUUUCUUCCAUAUUUAUCAUUCUUUAUUUUCUUUCAAUUAUUCUUUUCUUUCCAUACUUGCUUUUCUUCCUUUCAGUUAUUCUUCCAUGUUUAUCAUUCUUUUUUUUUUCUUCAAUUAUUCUUUCUCCUUUGCUAUUUUCUUUCUUUCAGUUAUUCUUAUGUUUAUCAUUUUUAUUUUCUUUUCUUCCUCAUUCUUUCUUUUUUAUACUUUGCUAUUUUUCUUUCUUUCAGUUAUUCUUCCAUGUUUAUCAUUCUUUAUUUUCUUUCUUCAAUUAUUCUUUCUCCUUUAUACUUUGCUAUUUUUCUUUCUUUCAGUUAUUCUUCCAUGUUUAUCUUUCUUUAUUUUCUUUCUUCAAUUAUUCUUUCUUUUUUAUACUUUGCUAUUUUUCUUUUUUUCAGUUAUUCUUCCAUGUUUAUCUUUCUUUAUUUUCUUUCUUCAAUUAUUCUUUCUUUUUUAUACUUUGCUAUUUUUUCAGUUAUCCUUCCAUGUUUAUCAUUCUUUAUUUUCUUUCUUCAAUUAUUCUUUCUUUUUUACUUUGCUAUUUUCUUUUUCAGUUAUUCUUCCAUUUUAUCUUUCUUAUUUUUCUUUCUUCAAUUAUUCAUUUCUUCUAUAUUCUUUGCUAUUUUUCCUUCUUUCAGUUAUUUUUCCAUGUUUAUCAUUCUUUAUUUUCUUUCUUCAAUUAUUCUUCCUUCUUUAUUCUUUGCUAUUUUUCCUUCUUUCAGUUAUUCUUCCAUGUUUAUCUUUCUUUAUUUUCUUUCUUCAAUUAUUCUUUCUUUUUUAUACUUUGCUAUUUUUCUUUCUUUCAGUUAUUUUUCCAUGUUUAUCAUUCUUUAUUUUCUUUCUUCAAUUAUUCUUUCUCCUUUAUACUUUGCUAUUUUUCCUUCUUUCAGUUAUUCUUCCAUGUUUAUCCUUCUUUAUUUUCUUUCUUCAAUUAUUCUUUCUUCUUUAUACUUUGCUAUUCUUUCUUUCAGUUAUUCUUCCAUGUUUAUCUUUCUUUAUUUUCUUUCUUCAAUUAUUCUUUCUUCAUUAUACUUUGCUAUUUUUCUUUCUUUCAGUUAUUCUUCCAUGUUUAUCAUUCUUUAUUUUCUUUCUUCAAUUAUUCUUUCUCCUUUAUACAUUGCUAUUUUCUUUCUUUCAGUUAUUCUUCCAUGUUUAUCAUUCUUUAUUUUCUUUCUUCAAUUAUUCUUUCUCCUUUAUACAUUGCUAUUUUCUUCCUUUCAGUUAUUCUUCCAUGUUUAUCAUUCUUUAUUUUCUUUCUUCAAUUAUUCUUUCUCCUUUAUACAUUGCUAUUUUCUUUCUUUCAGUUAUUCUUCCAUGUUUUCAUUCUUUUUUUCUUUCUUCACUCAUUCUUUCUUUUUUUUUUUUAUUUUCUUUCUUUUUAUUCUUUAAUCAUUCUUUAUUUUCUUUCUUCAAUUAUUCUUUCUCCUUUAUCUUUGCUAUUUUUCCUUCUUUGUUAUUCUUCCAUGUUUAACUUUUCAUUCAAUUAUUCUUUCUUUUUUUUUUCUAUUUUUCCUUCUUUCAGUUAUUCUUAUGUUUUCAUUCUUUAUUUUCUUUCUUCAAUUAUUUUUCUUUUUUACUUUUGCUAUUUUUCUUUUCAGUUAUUCUUCCAUGUUUUAUCUUUCUUUAUUUUCUUUCUUCAAUUAUUCUUUCUUUUUUAUUUGUAUUUUUUUCUUUCAGUUAUUCUUCAUGUUUAUUUUUCUUUCUUUAAUUAUUCUUUCUUCUUUUUGCUAUUUUCUUUCUUUAAGUUAAUCUUUUUUCUUUCAUUUUUUCUUUCUUGUUUUUUUCUGUUUUUUUUCCUAUUUUAUUUCUUUUAUUCUUUUAAAUUCCCUAUCAGAUUUUUUAUUCCAUCUUCCUUUCUCUCUUUUCUUUCUCUCUUUUUUUCUUUUCUCUUUCUUUUCUUUCUUUUUUUCUUUUCUUUCUUUAUUAAUCUUCCUUUAUUCAUCUUUUCUUUUCUUUUACUUUUUGUCCAUUCUUCAAACUAUCUUUCUUUUGUUUGUUUCUUUCUUUCUUUCUUUCUUCCUUUCCUUCUUUAUCUUCCUUUUCCUUCUUUAACUUUCCUCUUUUCUUUCUUUCUGCUAUGCUUCAUUCCUUCUUUCUUUGUCUUUUUCUAA